UUGCCCAAUAGAUUUGGGGAAAGUUGUCUUUCUUCCCUCCUCUUAGUAUGGUUUGCCCCAGCCACACUAAUUCACAGCUAACAAGAUUAAGAGUUUACUGAAAUCUCUGCUUUCAACAUGCACGUACAGACUAUAUGAACUGCAGAGAGAAAGAGGGGAUUACGUCCAAUCUACGAACAUGUUCCCUCUGCUGCUCCUGUCCCUGCAGGGAGCUUUUCUCUUUGGAGCAGCCAGUCCCUUGCCAACCUCAAAGAAGCUUUAUGGAGAGGUCACAUCCCCCAAUUUCCCAAAACCGUAUCCAGACAACAACAUCAGCACCUGGGACAUUUCAGUGCCAAAGGGCUUCAGGGUGAAGCUGAAUUUCUGGCAAUUUGAUUUGGAGCCAUCGGAGGCCUGUCAAUAUGACUAUGUCAAGAUCACGGCAGACAAAAAAGACCUUGGUCGGUUCUGUGGCCAGGUAGAUUCAAGCACUGGCAACCAUCCCAGAAAGAGAGAGUUCUUGUCUGCUGGGAACCGAAUGCAGCUCCUGUUUCACUCUGACUUCUCCAAUGAAGAGAAUGGCGUUGUUGUCUCUUACAAGGGAUUCUUAGCUUACUAUCAAGCUGUUGAUUUGAAUGAGUGUGCCCAGGGAAAUGACAUCGAAGAUGGUCCUCAAUGCCAGCACUUCUGCCACAACUAUGUCGGGGGCUACUUCUGCUCCUGCCGACCUGGCUACCGUCUCCAGAGUGACCGGCAUUCCUGUAAAGUGGACUGCAGCAAUGAACUAUUCACAGAGCCCUCGGGGCAUCUAUCAAGCCCUGGUUACCCUCAGCCCUAUCCAGCCGAGCUUCAGUGUAACUACAGCAUCCGAGUGGAGAAGGGGACAUCCAUCACACUCCAGUUCCUGGAGCCCUUUGAAAUCGACGAUCACCCACAAGUUCGUUGUCCUUAUGACCAACUCAAGAUCCAAAUUGGAAAUAAAAUAAUUGGCGAGUUCUGCGGCACGGUGCCUCCAAAGAGCAUUGAAACCAACAGCUCGUCGGUAGACAUCCUUUUCUUCACAGACGAGUCAGGAUUCAGCCGUGGGUGGAAGAUCCAGUACAGCACAGAAAGAAUCCGGUGCCCACAGCCAGUGACAAAGGAUGAGUUCACCAUCAUCAAAGAGCCACAGCCUGUCUAUCGAUUUCAAGACUACUUCAUUGUGAACUGUCAGACUGGCUAUAACCUGAUGGAGGGACGGAAGAAACUGUCAUCCUUCACCUCUGUCUGCCAACAUGAUGGGACCUGGCACCGCUCUAUGCCAUGGUGUGAAAUUGUGAAUUGUGGCAAACCUAGAAUCCUGAGGAAUGGAGCUUUUGAUUACGUGUCACAGAAAAGAAAUAACAACUAUCAGUCCGUUGUCAGGUACCGCUGUAAUGCACCGUAUUACCAUCUGGUCACCAACACAGGAAGUGAUACAUACACCUGCUCUCCUCAGGGAUCUUGGAAGGAUGAAAAUGACCAGGAGGAGAUCCCAGUCUGCCUGCCAGUGUGUGGAAUGCCAGACAACCCCAUUAUAGAAGUCCAGCGAAUAAUUGGCGGCAAAAAUGCACCUCCUGGCAGCUUCCCAUGGCAAGCCAUGACCAUCAUCUCUGGGCGCGCAGGUGGGGCAUUGCUGGGUGACCGCUGGAUCCUGACAGCUGCCCACAUUGUGUUCCCCAAAGGCCAAAGUGACUCUGAGGAGACCCAGAGCCUUGAAGAGGUGGCUGAGAAGGCUGAAAUAUUCCUGGGUCACACCGUAGUGACAGACCUCUUCAAGCUCGGCAAUCGGCCUGUCCUCCGGUUGUUUGUGCAUCCAGACUAUAAUCCUGAUGAUGAGCAAAAUUUUGAUGGGGAUAUUGCACUCAUUGAGCUGCGGGACCCAGUGACCCUUGGCCCAAAUGUGCUCCCUGUCUGUCUCCCAGACCCAAGGAACAAUUCGUUUUAUGAUCCAGGGUGGAUGGGUUAUGCUAGUGGCUUUGGAGUGGAGAAAAAUAUCCUUGCUAACCAGCUGAAAUAUGCACCAAUCCCAGUAGCCAAUCGGCUGCUGUGUCAGGAGUGGUUGCAAGGGAAGAAGAUUAACAAGAAAGAUCCAGUCUUCACGGCCAACAUGUUUUGUGCAGGCUCUCCUAAUGAAGGGAAAGAUACCUGUCAAGGUGACAGUGGGGGGGCCUUGACCGUGCGUGACCCCGUGACCCAACGGUGGGUAGCCACAGGCAUCGUGUCUUGGGGCAUUGGGUGUGGCAAAGGGUAUGGCUUUUACACUAAAGUCUUCAACUAUCUGGACUGGAUUAAGGGCAUCGUGGGAAAGGACUGGGAAUCAAUGCAAGCCCUUUCUUGAUGUGCCCUAUGAUUUAAUGAAUGGUAGCUUUCAUUCUUUUUUAUUUCUUCAUCUUCAGUGUGUUCAUUUUUCUUCCCAAAACCAAGGUACACCUCCACCCCACUUUGAAUAAACACAUAUAGUUUUAACCCCAUCUGUUAAACAAUUCUUACUCAACCUAAGCUUUAGUUGUUUGAUAUGACAAUGAAUUCAACCAUAUAACACAGCGGUUCUCAACCUUCCUAAUGCCACGGCCCCUUAAUACAGUUCCUCAUGUUGUGGUGACCCCAAGCCUUCUGGUUGUAUGGCCGGUAAGAUUGCUUGGAACAUCUCUUUGACUUUUCCUGCCAAAGCAGUACCUAUUUCUCUACUCACAUUUGCAUGUUUUUGAGCUGUUAGGUUGGCAGGAACUGGAGCUGACAGACAGGAGCUCACCCUGUCUCAUGGAUUCAAACUGACAAUCUUCAGGUCUGCAGUUCAGCAGCACAAGGAUUUAACCCAUUGCACCACUGCAGCUUCAUUAUGAAAUGAAAAAGACUUAUUAGCCCUGCUGCAAUGUCUCUGCUAAAUAAUAUUAAUAAAAUUCACCCACAUUUCUAAAACCUGCCACAUUCUUUGUCACAUCUUGAAAGCUCCCAAGAAGUGAUUCUCUGUAACAUUUAUUUGUAUGUAUCUUUCCAGAACAGCACUGUUCAGAUAUUAAACUUACUGUUGGCAGAA